CUCCGGACUCACCGAUCGUUCAUUAGCUUGGUGAGCAUAGCAGAGAGCAGUCAGCCCGUCGUGUCUCUACCCGAGGCCGGAUGGUAAAAUCCAACCUCCAGCGGAUCCUGAACAGUCAUUGCUUUGCUCGCGAGAAAGAAGGAAAACCACAGUCUUUAACUACCAUGGCGGAUUUGAGUAACGGUAUCUGUGACAUGAUUGGGAACCUGUCCCUGCACUGUAGUAGUACCCGCAGCCCGGGGCCUCUGUGGUGCUCCGAUGCCCCUCUCCCACCCCUGAAGAUCCCAGGUGGGCGAGGGAAUGGCACACGGGAUCACACUCCUUCAGCUCGGCCACUCCACUCAGAUCGUAAGUUGACUGUAACGGAGGAGCCAGCAGGGAAUGGUCGCCCUGGGAUACUCCACUUCCAAAGUCGUCCCACCGUUACCAAGACAAUACAGUGGGAUGCUGUCCUGAGCAGCAGCGCACUCUACGUGGAGAUACCUCUUGACCCUCUUCCUGAAGGCAGUAAGGAGAGCUUUGCGGCUCUCUUGGAGUAUGCUGAAGAACAUCUGAAAGUCGUUAGCGUGUUUGUCUGCUUUUACAAGAACAGAGAUGAUCGUGCUAAGCUGGUGCGUACAUUCAGUUUCCUGGGCUUUGAGAUUGUGAAACCGGGCCAUGCCCUCGUCCCGCCUCGACCCGAUGUAUUCUUCAUGGCCUACAAUUUUGACAGGGACUCCUCGGAUGAGGAGUAGCCCUCUGGACAGCCCCUCCAGCUCUGGCUUACUUCCCCCCUUUCUUCCCAUUGUACGUUUGUCCAUCCCGUCCCCGCUUACUCGUAUACACCACCGUCUGUGUUUAAACCCUCAGCGGUAGCUCUCUGUAUGCAAGUAUUCAUUUCCCCCAUGCUUUUUGUGUUCAAGGGAAUAUGUAAGAUGUGCAUCUCCUGUUUCCACCAUCUAUCCUUGUGUGUUUUAUUAUACUGUUUUCAUUGAAGAUUAAUCAAUGUCGUCACCUAAAAGAGGAGGGAACCUUUGUUUUUUGGACUUACAAUCAUAUUACAGUCGUCAUAGCGUUCUGGUAUAAUUUCCAUUUCCUGUCAAGUCUGUUUUUAUUGAUAUUUCCUUUUCAUGAUAGAGUAAGAUGGAGGGUUCUUCAUUUCUUGAAUGUACAAUUAAAAGGUCAUCAGGUUUACACUCGGGUACUCCAGCUUUCUUUUGAUUGGCACCAUAAUGACGUUAAAUUUGUCCCAUGUUUUCCUUCUCUCUGAAUCAAACAACAAAUGCAUUUCAGCGGGACCAGUUUUACUUUGUAGCACUAACAUCCUCUUAAAAGUAUUUGGAUUUCUGAAACGUUACCUCUGAGUGACGGCCCUAAUAAUUGGUACUUCUCGGCUGGAUAGUGAAACCGUUUAGACUAGAGAGGAGUGAAAAGAUGAAUGCUGUUCAUGUGUCUGAUGGUGGGCACUUCAGUUUCAAGUUAAAGAUCCUAUGAUGAGUGUACUGGUACAACGCGAAAGGAGAGUGAAUAAUCCAAAGUGCUUUUGCUUCUGUCUGCCAUGUAUACCUGACGAUAUUGUAGUACUUUGUUUUUGGGGGUUGAAAAAAAAAAUGCUGUGAUGUUAUGAUUGGAUUUUAUCUCUUUUCUUUUGGAUUAGCAUUCCUUUAACUUUUCUUUUCAUGAUAGUAUUGAGUUUGUUGUUCACCUGCAUAGUGGUACCUGUUGUGCUUCUGUGAUAAUAAAACAAACAAAAACAA